AUGGAUUUAUCGUUGGCCAGUGAGAAGAGAUUGCUUAAGAUCAAUGAACUUGAAGAGCUUAGAGAUUAUGCUUAUGAGCGCUCAAGGUUAUAUAAGGAAAAGACCAAAAAGUGGCAUGACCAAUAUAUUCGAAACAAGAGCUUUAAGGUUGGAGACAAGGUUUUUCUUUUCAACUCAAGGCUUCGUUUAUUUUCGGGUAAACUCAAGUCAAAGUGGUCGGGUCCUUUUGUUAUAUCAAAGACUACUCCUUAUGGCUCCUUUGAGUUAGAUGCGGAUGAUAACAAAUUUAUGGUUAAUGGUCAUCGUUUAAAGCAUUACUUUUGCAAGGAAGAAGUUGGUGUCAUCAAAUGA